UCUCUCUGUCUCAAAAAUAAAUAAACGGUAAAAAAAAAAAAAAAGAACUGUCCUCUAGAGGGUGCCAAUAGACCAAGCCAGUCUGGACCCGCAUUUUCCAGGUCCCUACCCAAAACUGCCCACAGGUCUCUCUGCAGGGAGAAGGCUUCCUGGUCAGAAGCUGUCCAUAAGGAGCAAACUCUUCCACUGCUGCCCCCCAAGGCUGAGGCUCUGCCCUGCACUCCACCCUGCAGACUCAAGUGGGCUCAGUGUAAUGAGUCCUUCCUUCAGAAAGAGAGAGAUGAGAUGUACCCCUGGACAUUGGAGACAACUGCCUUUAUUCCUUUCCUGUGUGUACUGUCAAGAUCAGGAUGAGUGCUGUCUGUUUGCUCUGGCUAAGCCUACAGCCCAGGAUGGAAACUCUGAACUCAUGAAGUGUGAGCCUGAAAGACAGCAAGUUGGAGCCAUGGAAACCCUACCAAGUGUGAGGUGCCUUGAUGUGCCAUGGAGAAAAAGUCACAGUCCCAGAGCUGGAUGGCUUACAUGCCACAUACAGAAGCUGCACACAUUACCUCACUCUGAAAUGAAGGCAUGGCCAAGGUGGUCAAGGGAAGGGACCCUGAAAGGGAUCAGCCUUCUCAAGUCAGGUCACAGCAAGCCAUCACCCCGACUCCUCCUCCCCCUCUUCAGGAAAUUCAGAAUCCAUGGAAAGAAUCUGAAGCGGAAGAGGAUGUGGAAUUCAAUGACCUUAAAAAAAAAACAGCCUUCAGCACCUCUCCACAACCACCAUCCCCUCCUCUCCAAUUCUGCAGGAAAAAAUCAUAAGGUGACAUUUAUUGACUAUUUACCAUCUGCUGGUCACUAUGCUAAGUCCUUUUCAUGAAUUAUCUUCUACUACCUCUUCCUCUCAAUAUCUCCCAAUUCACAAAUGAGGAAACUGAGGUCCAGGGAAAGAAAAAUGACCACCCCAAAGUCACACAGCUAGAAAGAGGCCAAGCUGGGCCUGGAAUCCAGGCUUGACUUCUCUUUAACCACUGCACCAAAAGACCUCCCCCCAGCCCCUGGCUGACUGGUCAGGAUCAGCUACAGAAUUUGAGAGGAAGGGAUGACAGAAGGCAUUGGGCAUGCUGGGGAGGACAGCAGGGUGGGGGCACCAGAGGUAGGACUGGUGUAGCUGGAAUGAAACUCUGAAGUCACAUUCCCCUCCCAAGUCUGGCCCUUCCUCCCCAGAGGGCCUGGGAAGGGGACACUCCCUCUGGUUCAGGUCUCUCCAACAUUCCAGACACACCUCUUGGGAGCUGGGGACAAGGAGGGGUUGGAGACCUGAGAUGGACCAGCCUUCUACCCCCACCUCCCCAGAGUCCUGGCUGUGUGACCCUGCAUUUGCCACCCACCCUCUCUGGGCCAUGGUCUCCUCAACUAUGAAGUGGCUGGGGAGCACCAGCUCAAUCUCUAAAGACCACCUUUCUCCUGCCAGACCCAGGGAUCCUCUGGCUGCCCUGGGGUUAACUCUGCAGGAGGGCUAGGCUUGGGGCCCGCCUUCCCUUUUAUUCCCAGUGAAACCUGAGGAGGAUCUGGUGAGGCAGGGAAGUAGAAGGUGAGAAAUAGAAGGUGAGAAGGGGCACAUGAUUUCUUGACAGAGCUUCCUGGGCUCAGGUGUGCCAAGUCCAUUGCCUCUCUGGGCAGUCAGGACACCAGCAUCGGUCCAACCCCAGGCUUACGGACAAUGGAGGUGUCUCAGACUGAAGAAGUGAGAAGAGCGGAGGGAGACAGGGAUGAAUGCAGUCCUGGGUUCAGACAACUAACUGCAGAAGAUAGUGGAAGGGUGGGGAAGAGCAGGGGUGACUUUCUAGAGAAGACAGAGAAGACCAGGAGGAUUUCAGUGAAUGAGC